AUGUCUUCCCCCCAAAAGCUUUCCACCCGCCAGCUAGGCAAAGACGGACCCCAGGUGCCCAGACUGGGCUUCGGAACCAUGGGUCUGAGCGUCGGCUACGGCCCUGUUCCAUCCGAACAAGAACAGCUCAAAGUCCUCGACCGCGCCUGGGAGCUCGGCGCCACCUUCUGGGACACAGCCCACAACUACGGCGACAGCGAGGUGCUCAUCGGCAAGUGGUUCCGCCAGCACCCCGAGCGGCGCAAGGACAUCUUCCUUGCGACCAAGUUCGGACUCUCGUCGAACCUCCAAGCUGUCGGCGCAGGCGGCAGGAUCACGUGGCGGCUCGACAGCACGCCCGAGGAGUGCCGGCGCUCGUGCGAGGAGAGCCUCGAGAAGCUGGGGACCGAGUACAUUGAUCUGUUUUAUAUACACCGGUUUGACAAGAAGACGCCGGUCGAGAAGACGAUGGAGGGGUUUGUGGAGCUGAAGAACGAGGGCAAGAUCAGACACAUGGGCUUCUCCGAGUGUUCCUCCACCACCCUCCGCCGCGGCCACGCCGUCCACCCCAUCGCGGCGGUACAGAUCGAAUACAACCCAUGGACCCUCGACAUCGAGACCGACGCCGGCACGAACCUCCUCGCCACGUGUCGCGAGCUGGGCGUGGCCGUCGUGCCGUACUCCCCUCUGGGCAGAGGCUUCAUGACCGGCAGAUACAAAUCCGUAGACGACUUCGAGCCCACCGACCUCCGCCGCCACCUCCCCCGCUUCCAACCCGCCAACUUCGCCCGCAACCUAGAACUGGUCCGCAUCUUCGAGGACCUCGCGGCAGAGAAGAAAGACUGCACGCCCGCCCAGGUCGUCCUGGCCUGGAUCCUGGCCCGCGGUGACGACUUCUUCCCGAUCCCCGGGACCAAGAAUGUCGCGUACCUGGAGCAGAACCUGGGCGCGCUGGGGGUCGAGAUCACGGCUCGAGAUGACGAGAUUGUCCGGGCCAAGAUAGCCGAGAUGGGUGGGGCUGUUGGAGACAGGAGUCUUUCUAUGGCUGAUACCUUUGUGGACACGCCGCCGCUGUAA